CGCCCGGCCCCUGCGCUGGUGAGGGUGGCGCCCCCUGGCCAGGCUCGGGUCGCCGCGGCCCGCGGGGAGGGGCGGGCGCAGGUAGCUGGGCCACCGCCCGGGAGCGAGCGCGGGGUCGCCGCGGCGGGAUGGGGCGGCUGGAGGCCCGCCGCCUUGUCCUGCUCGCCGCCUGCCUGGGGCUCUGCGGGGCGCUCCGAGCAUCUUUUUAUGGUGAAAGUUAUGUGGCAUUCAACACCAUAGAUGUUUCCUCUGAGCUAUCUCUUCAAUUAAAAUUUCAAACCAGCAAGCCACAGGGGUUACUUUUCCUUGCAGCUGGGAAAAAUGACUAUUGUAUAAUGGAACUUCUAUCAGGAACCUUACGGCUGAGAGUGAGUUGGGGUACAGAUAAGCAAGUUCUCCUUUCUGAGCAAAGACUUCGUGUGGACAAUUUGAUUUGGCAUUUGGUGGAACUACACUAUGCUAAAGAUAAUAUUGUCUUGAUUAUUGACAAACAUUAUGAGACAACUGGCCAAAUGGCUGGUGGGUUGCAUAAUUUCAACUUUCAUCAUGGAAUCUAUGUAGGAGGCCACGGGGGACUCAAGGUCCCUUACCUAGAUAGAAAUAUCUCCAACUUCCGUGGAUGUAUGGACCAUGUGGUAUUUAACCAGAGGGAGAUCCUUAUCCUUAGAUCUUACCCUGGUUUUAAGAAGGUUUAUGAAGUGUCACUAGGAUGCAGUGAUGAGUUUUUUGCUGGGGAGGAUGAAGCCAUCAAUUUCUUUAGCGCUAGAUCCUAUGUCGCAUUUCCAGAAUGGAAAGCACAAGGGGAAGGGGUACUGGGAUUUUCUUUGCAAACUGGAACUCAAUAUGCCUUGCUUUUAUUUCAGUCAGGUAGGGAAGGAGAUUUUGUUUCCUUGGAAAUACAUGAAGGUCUACUGAAGGCUCAUGUAGGAAGGAGUGAAAAUAAAACUCAGCUGUCUUCUUUCAGCUUAGUUAGUGACAACAAAUGGCACGUUAUUCAACUUACAUUCACAGGAAGGUAUCUGGACCUCAUGGUAGAUAAACAAAGGGUAAGGACAUUGUUACCUUUGCAAAACAAACCAUUUGUGUCUGAAGGUCCCCUGUUCCUGGGAGGUGUUGAUGAUCAAACACAGAAAGAAAUGAAGAGGUUAGGACUUACCUCUGUGCCUGGGAAAUUUGCUCAUGGAAUCUCUCUGAAAGGGUGCUUGAGAGGUUUGGAAGCCAACUCAGAAAAGAGAGCAUUAAGGGAUGCUCUGGUUUCCAAAGAUAUUUCUGCUGGGUGCAAAACUAAGAGUAUUGAUAAUGCAAAUCCUUCCCUACCAGCAGCGAUGAGCCUGCUUCCAUUAGAAGUGCCCCAUCCUACUGCAGUCCCUGGGACUGUCAAGCCUUAUCUUCCAGAUGAAAGUAGCUAUUUUUUGGUUUUGAAUAACUUGGAGGUUCAAGAAGGUGGACGAGCCCUACUGGAACAAAAGCAUAUGAAAGUGAAUGUGGAAUUUAAAGAUUUGAGUAUCAAUUAUUCUCAAGUACUAUUUAAAAUAGAGGAAAGGCCUAUUCAUGGAUUCCUUCAAUUGGUUGUUUCACCUGAGCAAGAAAUGGAGGCUUUCACUAUGGCAGAUUUGUGGCAAGGAAAAGUGUGGUAUGUUCAUGAUGGUUCAGAAGAACCUACGGAUUAUUUUACAUUUUUGGUGUGUUCCAGUAGCAAGAAGGAAAUGCCAUUACACCUGCAGGAACAGGUCCCAUAUGUGUUUAGCAUUAAUGUCAUUCCAGUGAAUGGCCCGCACCUUAAACUCCCGGGAGGUAACUUGUUUCUCCUGUUUGAGAACUCUAAGAAACGACUGACCCCAAAUAUAAUACAGGUGUCAGAUCCAGACACAGAUUCUUUGAGUCUUAGUUUCUCAGUUCUUGGCAACUUCAAUUCAAAUGCUGGGUUUUUAGAAAAUAGCAAUGAUCCUGGGAGAGCCAUUAAUGGUUUUACACACACAAAUUUAAGAGAUGGCAAUAUUUUCUAUGUGCACAGGGGUCAUCAAAACUCUCGGAUUGUUCUGAGAGCAAGUGAUGGUGAGCUGGUUAGCAAUACUGUGGUGUUGCGGAUCAUGGCUGUUCCUUGGGACUUUGAAGUGGCCAAGAGAACUGGUGUGGUGGUACCACAAGGCGGCACCGUUCUGAUUACUCAGAGUAAUUUGUCUGUGGAAGUUAAUGGUGAACGACAUGAGAUGGAGAUUCACUAUGAUAUCACUCAUCCACCUCAAUUUGGCCAGAUUCAGCAUCAGGGGUCAAAUGGAGAAUGGAAACAAGUUAGUACCUUUUCUCAGCAUUCCAUUGACCACAGUCAGGUCCGGUACCAGAGUACAUUCAAAGAAGUGCAGCAGGAAAAUGCUACUGAUCAUUUUAAAUUUAUAGUUAACAUAGAAGGAAAAGUUAACAAAGAGCUUGUGUUUCCUGUGGCCAUACGAUGGCUGAAGUUUAUACUUCUGAAAAAUGUUCCUCUAGAAAUCAAGAACAGAAACAAGCAAGUGUUGAGUUCUGAUCACCUGCAGGCUGCAACAAAGGGUGUGGAAAUGGCCAAAAGGAACCUACAUUUUAAGUUACUGACCCCACCUAAGAAAGGAAAAUUGCUACUUGGCAAUAAAGUUCUAAAAGAAAACUCAAUAUUCAGCCAAAAAGAUAUUACAGACGCUAAGAUAAGUUAUGAACCUCAGGAGAGGCCAAGGGAAGACUCACAGGAUACUUUUAGGUUUUUGAUUAUUGCAAAACACAUAGAAUCAAAAGAGUAUACUUUCAGAAUAAACUUUAAGGCAGAUAAGACACGCAUUAUUUUAACAAACAAACAAUUACUUGUAAAAGAAGGAGAGGGGAAAUUAAUUACAAAAUCAGAAUUAUUUGUUCAAACCUUGGACAAUCAGAUUUUUCAAUAUAAAGUCACCAAGAGUCCUCAACAUGGGAAGCUGAAAUUGAUUAGCUUUUCAGAUUCUCUGCAAAGUAACGAUAGCAUCACUACAUUCAUGGAUCAAGACAUAGAGGGUGAAAGGCUCAUGUAUAUUCAUGAUGACUCUGAGACCCAGUGGGAUGAGUUUUUUGUUGUGGCCUCUGCCAAAGGUCCAAGCCAAGAUGGAGUGGAUCUUGACUCAGAGCCUUUGUUUACAGAAAUCAAGGUUACCAUUUCGGUUGAGUUGAAGAAUGAUGAGAGACCGGUGCGUGUGGUAGAUAAGGUAUUUCAUGUUGUGCGGGGUGGCCAGCGCUUACUGACCCUGGCAGAUCUCUGUUACUAUGACCCUGACUUAGAUUUUGAUGAUGGGCAGUUGCUCUACAUCAGACGGGGCAUCCCAAAUGGGGAUUUGGUACAAGCCAGUGACCCCACUCAGAAGCUCUACCAGUUCAGGCAGCAAGACCUGCAGGAAGGGCGUGUGCUCUUCAGGCACUGGGGUGCAGACUCUGCCCGCUUUGUGCUGUUUGUGACAGAUGGUGUCCAUUACACACCGUCCCUUUUUGAGGUCAGUGUGUCAGACCCCUAUGUCUACAUAGCCAAUAAUACAGGGCUACUUGUACAGAGAGGAAAAGAUAGCUACCUCACAACAGCCAACCUGAGCAUCACCACAAACCAAGAUGUCCGAACAGACUUCGAGGUCAAAUUCCGUGUUGUGAAGCCCCCAAAGCAUGGCAGAGUCCUGGUGAACAAUUCUGUGUCCCACGCAUUUUCCCAGCAUGACCUAAAGCAAAGACAUGUGACUUAUAGGCAUGACAGCAUUGGCAACUUUGACAUGUUUAACUUGUCAGUGCAAGUUAAAGAUGUAUCCUUAGAAGUGGAGGUCUACAUUCGAGUGUCCUUGGAAGGUCACCAGCAUCACCCCCAGGUUCUGCACAGCAAGACUUUCAUAGUUGAAGAAGGAAAACCAGUAAAAUUGAGUAGAAGAAAGAUCCAGGUUGGAAGUGAAGACAGUAUUCCUUCAGAGGCGGUGUUUAUAGUCAGAACUCCACCAAUGCAUGGAUACCUCCAGAAAUCUACACCAGAAGGCAGCAGCGUGGGUGCAAAUGAAAAGUCUCCUUUGAGUUUUAUGCAACAGGAUGUCGAUGAGGGCAAUGUCCUUUAUGUGCAGACAGCCCCUGACCAACGACAGGAUCGCUUCUUCCUAGAUGUGACAAAUGGCUCCCAAGUUGUGAGUGGAGUGGAAAUUCUUUUAGAUAUCAUCCCUAAGUGGAUUCCUCUGGAGGUACAGAAUUUCACAGUUCAAGAAGGUGGCUCUAGAGCAAUUCUGGAAGAUUACCUCAACAUUCCAAGCAAAUAUUUUGAGGGACUUGACUGUGAAUUUGUUCUUCUUGAACCACCAAAACAUGGAUAUGUUGAAAGUUCUAAUUCCCCAAGAAUAAAGCUAAUGAAAUUUACCAGGAAACAGGUGGAAAAUGAAUUGAUUUUCUAUGUUCAUGAUGAUAGUGAGGAGCUUCUGGACAAUUUCACCAUCUUUGCAAACAGCUCAGAACUUGGAAAACAGAGUGUACCCCAAACUCUCUUUGUGACCAUUGAGUCUGUAAAUGAUGAGGCUCCAGUAAUAAAAGCCAAUAAAAUCCUCCAGGUGUGGGUGAAUUCUAUCACGGAGAUAACCAGAGGUGACCUCUGUGCAGAAGAUGAGGACUCCUUCCCACAGGACCUUGUCUACUGGGUCACUCCACCCAGCAAUGGGCAUCUGGCUCUCAAAUCUGCUCCUGACAAAAGGAUCCAGAACUUCACCCAAGCUCAAAUCAAUGAGGGCCAACUAGUGUUUGUACAUUCUGGAGCAAUGUCAGGAGGCUUUAGUUUUCAGGUUACUGAUGGUUUGAACCUUGCCCCUAGACAAAUCUUUAGCAUCACUGCUCGAGCUCUGAUCAUCAGCUUAGAAAUGAACAGAAGACUGAGCGUCUUUCCAGGUUCCACGAAGCCACUUUCAUCUUGUGACCUGAAAGCUGUGACCAAUGAUGACAGUACAGGAAACAGAACUGUAACUUUUACAGUUGUGAGUUCCCCUAGACUUGGGAGGUUGCUGAGAAUGAACUCUGACAACAGCACAGAGGAUGUUUCCAUUUUUACCCAAUAUCUGGUCAGUGAAGGGCUGAUAUUAUACCAGCAUAUGGAUCUUGAGAACACAGGCUGGACUGCAGAAGAUUCUUUCACAUUCACAGUGUCCUCCCCACCAGCAGCUCUCAGCCCUGAGGAGUUCUAUAUUACCAUUUCAUAUGAAAUUCCUGAGCCUGGUCGGCAGAGCUAUCUACUUGCAAAUACAGGAGUUGCUGUCAAGGAGGGAGACAAAGUUCUCAUUGACCAGUCUAAGCUAGAUGCUUCCAACCUCUUAUUUCAGUUACCUGAACCUCAGCGUCCUUCUUAUGAAAUCUGGUUCCAGGUUACAUCUCUUCCUCACUAUGGAACCCUUAUCAUUGGAGAAAAAAAUAUUACCAAAGAAAAACCCCAUUUCUCCCAGUAUAUAAUCAAUAAAUUUGGAAUCAUAUACCUUCAUGAUGACUCUGAAUCACAGGCUGAUAAUUUUACUUUUGCUGUUUGGCCAAACCAAAAAAGUAAGUCUGUCACCAAACCAGAGGCUGACUUUCUUGAAGAGAUGUUUAACAUAACUGUCACUCUGAAUGACCAGGCACCAGAGUUAAAGACAAAAAGGCUUCGGUUGGAAGUUCUGCAGGGGACUAGUUUAGUUGUAGGACCUGAAAUACUGAAAGUGGAAGAUCUAGACAGUCCCCCAAAUGAAAUCAGAUACAUGAUCAUCCGUGAUCCUAAUAAUGGCUUUUUGGCAAUGGAUUACCAUUCAGAUACACCUGCUCACCACUUUACACAAGCCGACAUUGAUAACUCUCAGGUGUGGUUCAUACAAGAUGGAAGCCCACGCUCUGGAGUGUUCUACUUUAGUGUGACUGAUGGUGAACACCGCCCACUCUACAAGCUCUUCCACGUGGAUGUCAUUCCCAUCUCCAUCACCCUCGUGAACCUCACACAUCUGCUUCUCCCACAAGGCCAGACAACAAUCCCUAUCACCAAUGCCCACCUAUCAGCAAUGACCAAUGGAAAGAGCCCCCAGAUCAUCUACAGGUUGACACACCCCCUCCAACAUGGUCACCUGCUGAUGGAAAACCAGAUGGUCACCAGCUUUGGACAGGAGGAUUUAGAUUCAGGAAGACUCUCUUAUCAUAUGACAAAUUUCACGGCCUCAGAGGACCAGCUACACUUCUCACUGUUUACAUCAGAAAGCAACCUAACAGGACAGAUUCUCUGCAUCAGAGUGCGGCCGCUACUGAGGGUUAUGUCAAACCUGAAAAUUGCCAACAAAGUGCCUCAUUGGCUGAGAAGACAGGACCUUGAUGCAACUGAGCUUGCUAAUAUGACUAACAGUGAUCCCACAUUUGAAGUGACAGAGCCUCCUAUCUAUGGAAGACUUGUGCGAAGAGUGGUUCGCAGCACUGAGAUAGAAGAUGCUUCUUUAUUCACCCAGAGGGACAUUGACCAAGGGCUAUUGGCACUGGAUCCACAUGCUAAUCUAACAGGCCUGGAUAUGCUGAAUGACUCCUUCACUUUUUUGCUCAGGGCAGACCAUGUACAGCCAGCAAUAGGUUAUGUCCCCUUCACCAUUGUGCCACCUGACCCCUUACUUUUGCAAAUGUUUACACCAGAUGUUCCUUUAUUAGUCACUGGAGAUAACCUUGUGACCUCUGUUUUCUCUCAGAAAUGGCCUGUGGUUUCUUCAGGACCCAUGACACAAACAGAAACUCUGGGGAAGCUGACCAAGACCAGAUGGCAGGGAGCAGAUCCCUGGGGACAGCACAGUGGCAAAGAGUCAACUGUGAACGGCAAGGUUUCCCCCACCCAGGUCAUUUGGUCACCAGCUGACACCAAAGUCAGCCCUAGGGCACCCCUUCAGCCUAGAGAGAGCUACCCUCUGAUGGUCAUCAUACCCAUAGCUGUCGUGUUACUUGUGCUAAUACUGAUUGCAGUGGGCUUGUGUGUCUGGCUGCUGGGCCAGAAGGAAGAAAAGGCAAAACCCCUUAUCAAGCCUCAGACCAACCUAGAACCCACAACCCCAAGUUUCAGACCAGAAAGGAGUGUAACCAUUCCCACUGUCACAGUGACACCCCUUAUACGAAGCUCCAGUAAACCCCCAGCCAGUCUUUUCAGAGUCCCACAAUGUGAACAAUGGCCUAUCCAGUGGUUGAACCAAUGGAAAGAUGUGCUCCUUGGGAGUCAUGGGUGAACCUGGACCCUGACAUGGUCAAACUCUGCCGACAAACCAACCCAACAUUGAAGCGCAACCAAUACUGGGUAUAGCUGGAGGCCUCUUGUUUCUUAUUGGCCUCUGACUGUGCAUCAGGUACUAGAAUAGGCACUGGGAUAUACAGACAAAGGAAUGCUGGUUGAAUCAAAGAAAGUCUGGUCCUGGUAGGCACUCAGUGCUCAGUCACAGCCCCAUGGUUAGCUGUGGGGUGGGUGCUUAUUGUAACUCAUGUAUAGCACUUGUGGACUUUCCACAAUGGACUUUACAGACCCUCUUCUGGGCCUGACUUUCUCAGUAUACAUAAGCUUUUGUCAAUAUUUGAACCCUUUACCAGGGUGCUACUGAAGACGUUGGCCCCACUGAAAACAGCAGUAUGAAGUUGAGACAUGGAGUUAAAGGAGAAGGUUUUGGAUAUUUUCCAUUGAGGAUUCCCUCUGAGUGAGUCAGCAGGAAGUACAGGAACUAUCUCAGCAGUUAAAGAGUAAUUUAUCACGUCAGUGAGUUUGUCUAUGUAAUGUUUUUCUGUAAUGUCUUUUCCUCCUUGGAAUCCAUAGGCUUGGUUUCCUACGGCAGGAAAUGCUUUGAUGCUCCAAAUAGUGGGACAGCCUGACCUCUUUCAGAGAAAUUCUUUCAAUACAAUGUGUUUCAUCAAGAAGCUUUGUCUAUUCUGAUUCUAAAAUCAAGCUGAGCUUAGUAGAAAUAUUACUGAAAGC